AUGGACAUUACUGUUCUUCCGAACAAUAACCAUCCAGAGAAAUUCCUCCAGCUUGAUGUGAGAACGCUACCAGCCAGCCAUGGAAUGUUCCAGAUCGGGGCUGCACUUUCUGGCCAGAGGCAAUGGCACAACAAGGUAUACUCACAGAGUUCAAGGACAAGAAUGAAGAUGUCAAAACAGCCAGUGUCACCAGGGGGCAGUCCUGAGUUCAGAGACAAAAUACUGGAGCAGCACAUCACACCACUUACUCUAAAACCAAGGGUCAAGCAAAACCCACUCUAUACAGAUAUACAGACUGUACAUGUGGAGGAAAACCAGAGGUCCAAACCUUCCUGGACUAUUGAGGAAUUUGACAGACACUCUUUGCAUGAAAACCUGGCUGAUUAUCUACAGGAAGACCCUAGGAAACUGAAUUUUUGGCUGGAGGAUCUGUACACGCCGGGCUUUGAUUCCCUACUGAAAAAGAAAGAAGCAGAACUGAAAAGAAACAAAAUGUGCAAAAUAUUAACUUUAGUCAUUCUGACUGUUUGUGUGGUCAUUAUUAUCAUCACAGUGCCAGUUGUAGUAAUUCAAAGCAAUAACUAA